AUGGCCCCCGACAUCCCUAGCGGGCCAAAGCGGCCGACCAGCCGCGGCGCCAGAGCAACCGGCCCCGGGGGCGAGCCAGAGGCAGGGGGAGCUACCUCCGCGCCGGAGCCGCACAGAGCUGCGGGCGCCAGCCGGACGGCGGAGGCCCUGGAGGCGGCCAGUGCCAGCACGUCCGAGUGGACGCCCAGCGGGGGGACGGCCGAGCUGAACACGGCGGCCCAGGAGGUCCGGAACCGGCUUCAAGCCCAGGCCGCUUCGCUGCAGCGAUAUACCCAAGAGUUCCUCACGACGCGGGCCGUCAUCCGGGAAUACCAUAACCUCCGCGCUGCUGCCUUCAACUCCCAGGCUCAGGAGCUGGGCCAGAAAACCGAGGACCUGACCAACAGCCGGAGAGCCAAUGCCGACUUGAGGGAGCAGCUCAGCGGGGCCCAGACCGCCCUUCGCGCCAAGGAAGCCGAGUGCAACGCCUUAGUCCUGGAGCGCGACCGCCUGGCCCAGAAGUUGGCCGACCAGGAGGAGAGCCACAAGGCGGCCCCGAAGAAGGCGCAGGAUAGCGAGGACGCCCUCAAAGCUGAGUUCGAGACCGAAGCGGCGGGCUGGGCUGAGGCAAAACAAGCGCUAAGCGAGGGCUACGACCGGUUUGAGGAUCUGAUCGAUGGUAAGCCGCCUUCCUCAUUCCUUGCUUGCCCCUUGCCCCCUGAUUUGUGUUCUGACUUGUGCUGCUUUUUGUUCUUUGUGCAGACUACUUCCCCGGCUACUCUGUCAUUGCCACCCAGACCAUCGAGGCCCACCGCGAGGCGCGCCAGAAGAGCCUCCAUGGCCUCGGAUCUGCGCCGCCGCCGCCGGAAUAAGCCGUCAGUCCCCCAAUCCGGCCUCCCUGCUGGCAGAUCUGGGAAGCCCGCACCACCCCGCAUCCAUUUAGGUCGGAUCCCGUUCCUCCUCGACCCCGCUACACCUUCGCGCCGCCGGAGUCCGCCGCUGCGGCUCCCUGAACACGAGGAGGACGAGCGCCCAGCUCGCCAACCUCAUCUGCCCGCCCAAACGCACGUGUGCCGCGUCCUGCGUCAGGCCUAG